AUGUAUGACAGUGAAUCAGCAGUUUGGGUGUGGUGUCUGAAUGUCAUGGGCAUGGCUCUCCCCUACACGACCCAGGCAGCACUCAGCAGUUCCACAUCCUGCCUGUUGGAAGAGCUCAAGGAGUGCACAGUACUAGUUUUCACUCACUGACCCUGUCCAGCCCAGUCAAUUACUAACUCUUUGCUCUCCAAACACCUGUCUGCCCUUAUCUCCCAGUACAAGAGGUCUUGGUGUGUGUGUGUGUGUGUGUGUGUGCAUCAAGCGUGCACGUGUUUUGUGUCCGUUCUUGCGUGUGCGUGCCCUUCUGUUUCAAUUAUUUUUGUGUGGUUUUAAUUGCAGUGCCUUGACCUCUCAACACACUCUACAUACACUGUUCUACUAACUCUCCACCCGCUAACUGGUGUGUGUACAUUAGCCUACAGAUUUCAAUAACUCUUGCACUUAUUUGACCAUAACAUUUAUAGUGACCAAUGAGUGCAGUAGUAGUCAUAAUUUGAAUCCUUCACCUUCACCCUCGGUUCACAGUGUUGUUCUUUAGGCCUGCUACCUCUCCUUCACAGGACACCACUGGGUGUCUGUGUUCACCUACAAACUGGUGUCGUGACGUGACUUUCAUUAAUCUGAUGACUGAUUUAUCGAAUCAACUAACUAUUAAUUCAUAACCUCUUAUCAUAUCAUUCUGAACGGUCGUAACCUUCUUGUAUCUGCAAAAACCCCAGCUUUACUUAUGAUUCAGCACUACACAAAUUGGCUUAAUUAUUUAUUUACUAGCUAACUAAAUAAUAACACAGAAUAACAUACACACUUAAUACAUGAGAAAAAGGUCCCUAGCGGACUAACAACAACAUGACUGCUUGGUUACCAAAAGAGGGAGUGGUAGAGAGAGAGAAACACUUAUCGUACAUUUGGAAACUACGCUCACAGUAAUAAUUUACUUUGCACAACAACCACCGCCCGUUUGGAGUAAGAAAUCAUGAAUGUAUUUACUUGUGGAUGUCUUUGUUCGUCGUCUAUCUCUGUCGGACCAAACCUUCUUGGGAAGGGUUUGGUUGGGUCUCCUGUGGGUGUAAGACUCUGAUUGUCCACCAGAGGUCACAAUGUCCUUCUUAGUUGUUUGGUCUGUAGUGGAGUGUUUCUUCAGAACAGUUACUCACCUGUACCAGUGAUUGUCUGAGAGGGGAGCUUUCUUCUUCCCACCUCGUGUGGUUAGUCAGAGUUUGAGCCACUUUACACGCACAGCUGCAGUCUGGCAAUGUUCAGGUCUAGUCUGGGAGUUAGUCUUCUUCACCUUGUGUUGAGGUUCAACGUUCCAACCAUUUUCAGACGUGUAGCGACCGCCUCGCGUCUUUCUGGUCUGAUAUGUUAAUUCUUAACAUAUCUUUUAUACACUGGUUAAAAGGAUGUUCCGUGAUGCUAACACGCUCCCUGAGCUCCCUCAGGCGUGGCUACUUACUGUGCACAGCUUUAUAUGAAAAACAAUAUCACAUUCCUAUAUUAACAAAGAUACUUUAAUCAUUUUUCAUAUUAUAUACACAACGUAUUGGAUAAAAACUUGACAGAUGAAGGCGAUAUACUUUCCAAGUUACAGUAUUUUCUUGAUAUCAUUCUUAAUGACAUCACAAAAUAAUAAACAAUAUUCUUUAGAUCCCCACUGACCAUUCCCCACAUUCUUAAAUAUUGUUCCAGUAUUCACUUUUUGGACGGUCGAUUUUUGGGCGGCAAAAGUCUCUGGGUACAAAGGACAUUCCUUUAGCCAAUACUGGAGUGUAAAGAGAGAGAGGCCUCUCCUAUGACAUGGUGUGAGGUGUCAAAAAACCCCACAUCAGUUCCCUCCUCCCCUCUUCUGUGGGUGGGAGAGGCCUGGUUACUGUCAACCAUUGGCAAGCUGAUCUGAGCCAUUGGAUCCUCACACAGGACAGUCAUGACACUGGCCUGCGUUGAACUGAAUCUGAGGCCCUGUUUGUGACAUCAUUGUUCUCUCUCUGUCCUGCAAAGGGCUUGUCCAGCGAUGUGUGAUCAUUCAGAAAGAUGAGAAUGGCUUUGGGCUGACUGUGAGCGGAGACAACCCAGUGUUUGUGCAGCUCGUCAAGGAAGGUAAGGUCGACCCACAAUGGAAAUAGCCGUUGUCUUUGCCUUCACUACUUUUCAUUCUCAGUAGUCUCCGGGCCAAACUUCAGCAUCAGACCAUCAGCCAAAUACUCGUAAAAAGUCAGGAACUAACCAGGAAGUUAGUUUGAGGCUCUGGUGUACUACCAUAUCAUGUGUGAGAGAUGGGAAUUCUAGCAGGCCCUGAAUCCAAGGCAGCUCUUGCCUUGUCCCUUUAUAGAGGCUGAUGUGUGUUGUCAGCAGUUAGAGCUGAUGCAUAGAGAGCUGCACACAUUAGGGACUAGUCUGAAUGUAGAGCAGUGUGAAGAGAGAGAAGAGAAAAGGGAAGAGUUCGGGGUCUCAAUUUGUGUGUACUCUUAUGGAUGUGCUUGGUCAUGUUUCUCCCAGUUUAAGUUAUUGUCUAUGCUGUGGAUACAAGUGGUGUAGACUACUUCUCAGUAUCCCUUACACAGCCCAAAGGUGCUAACAUACAGUAAUGCAUUUAUAUACUUACUUUAUUGAUACAAGUUUAUGGUAUAUCACUCCUUUCAGUCAAAUUUCGGACAAAUGUCGGAUAUAAAAGACCUGUAUACUCUUUGCGACAGGGUGAUAUUACAGUACACAUAUAAAGCAGUAGCGUGACACGGUGAGGAAUUUCUGCCUGGUUGCCUAAGCUCCAGACUGACGUGUAUAAAGCCACAAUGGUGUUUAUGUUGUGACAGCACUGGUUCCACCUAUGUCUCAGUUGUCUCCUGACUCUAUAAUAUUCCUCUGAAUCCUAUCCCAUAAUGAACCCUCUCUCUGGCUCCUAAAGCCCUAUGUCUGGGGAGGAGCGGCCUAAUGGGCCCCUUCAGCAACACAACCACUGUUAUGGUUAGGGGCCCGGAGUUUCUCCUGAUCAGGUCUGGAAAAACUCAGGCCCCUAGUUAUGGUGUAUGAUAUGUUACGAUAUACGAUGUACUUCAACAUUACUUUUAUAGUGCAAACAGUGGUAUUGUAAUGGGUAUAUUGGACGUUGUUAAUCUUAUACACUGUUCUUUUUCUCUCCUAAUGGGAUGUUAUGUGUUUUCCUGACUCUUGUCCACUCUGAUUCCAAGAUGGCGCUGCAGAGCGUGCGGGUGUACAGACGGGUGACCGGAUCAUCAAGGUACACUAAUCUAUACAGUUGCGGCCAAAUAUAUUGGCACCCAUGCACUUUUCUUAAAUAACUCCUAUUUCUUCUCAAAUAAGUUCAAAUUGAAGAAACAUUUUGGUCUCCACACCUUGUUGUUGGAUUUUCAACAUUGCAGAACCAAUUUUAUUUUCGCUAACUUUGAGUUUGUAAUUUUAAUUUGAGAAAAGAAAGACACAUGGCAUGGACAACACUAUUGGCACCCCGGAGCUAGUACUUGGUUGCACAGCCUUUGGCCAAAACAACUUGUAGCCAUCAGUGAGCUUGCUGCACCUUUUUACUGGCAAUUUUGCCCACUUUUCAGUAGCAAACUACUCUAAUUCUUCAAUGUUAUAGUGGUACCCUACACCAACUGCUGUUUCAGCUCUUGCCAUUGGUUAUAGAUGUGAUUUAGAACUGGACUCUUCACUGGCCACUCCAGAAUAGUCCAGUGUUUCUUCUUGAACCAUUCCAGAGUGCUUUUGAUGUGUGUUUGGGGUUGUUGUCCUGCUGGAAGACCCACAACCUUCAACAGAGACACGUUUGUUGGACACAGGGUUGAACAUUGCACUCCAAAACACUUUGAUAAUCAGCUCAUUUCAUGACAUCACAGGGUAGGAUUAAAAGUAAAAAAUCUGUGAUUUUCAAAAGCUGCAACGAGUUUCCAACCCAAGGGAGGGGUUUUUCCUCCUCACGUCACUGCAAAUCUCAUUGUAUUUGAAUAUCACUGUUUUAAAAAUGUAUAUUUCUUUCUACUCAACUUAGAAAUGUGACGUUUCCACAUAUGUGGACAGUGGUAAUAUUGUGCUGGAGAGAAUAAAAAUUAGGUAGAAAAUUGGUGGAGUUGCCCUUUUUAAGUUAAAUUUUUUUUAAUUGGUUCUGCAAUGUUGAAAAACCAAUAACAAGAUGUUAUUGUUAUUUGAGAAGAAAUAGGGAAUUAUUUAAGAAAAGUACAAGGGUGCCAAUAGUUUUGGUCGCAACUGUAUAUAUACCCCUUUCAUAGUAGUUGCAGGGACCUGUUCAAUUGGCACCAAACUGAAAAUGUUUUGAAAUGGAGAAGUGAAAAUUGGUGCUCUUAUUGGAUACGUUUCGUGCCUACUGAUCACGUCCCAGGUGCCUUGUUGCCAUCUCCUUAUAUUCUCCAGUCACAACUUGUUUUGUGAACCGAGGCUUCUAGCCAAAACACCAGCUCCACAAUGCCACCUGCUGGUUGGAUUAGAUCCCAUCAAAAAACACCAAAACCUAAACAUUGCGUCAGUCACCGGGGUGUGUGGGAAGAGGGGUGGAUUAAUGAAUUACUGAAUUGACAUUAGGCUGGACAGGAAAUUAACUCAUUUGAUUUCCAGGCAGCGUUGAAUGGAUUUUCACAUUAUGACUGUUUUCUUUUCUUCCAGGUGAACGGGACCCUAGUAACACAUUCAAACCACGUGGAAGUAGUACAGCUCAUAAAAUGUAAGCAUUGUAGAAUUACUUUAGUUUUAUUGUUUGUAAUUGACACCGGAAAGUCGUAGCCUGGUUCCUGUUUGUGCUGUAUUUCCAGCUAAUAUGGUCGUUGGGAACGGCACCUCCGUACCUUCAGGCUCUGAUCAGUCCCUACACCCAAACGAGGGCAUUGCGUUCAUCCACCUCUGGCCUGCUGGCUCCCCUUCCUCUGCGGAAGCAUAGUUCCCGCUCAGCCCAGUCAAAACUGUUCGCUGCUCUGGCACCCCAAUGGUGGAACAAGCUCCCUCACGACGCCAGGACAGCGGAGUCACUCACCACCUUCCGGAGACAUUUGAAACCCCACCUAUUUAAGGAACACCUGGGAUAGGAUAAAGUAAUCCUUCUACCCCCCCCCCCCCACCAAAAAAACAAACAAAAACAAAAAAGUAUAAUUGUAAAGUGGUUAUCCCACUGGCUAUAGGGUGAAUGCACCAAUUUGUAGUCGCUCUGGAUAAGAGCGUCUGCUAAAUGACGUAAAUGUGCCCUUGAGCAAGGCACUUAACCCUAAUUGCUCCUGUAAGUCGCUCUGGAUAAGAGCGUCUGCUAAAUGACUAAAAUGUAAUGUAAAAAUGUUGUGCCAAAAACCAUAAAAGUUGGCAAUACAGAACAAACAGAUCUGGGACCAGGCUAAGAAAGUCAUGCAAUAGUCAAAAUUAGGCCUAUUAUUCCGAAUAUACCUUUUUGUAACCAUACCUCCGUAUCUAUCUUAUUUGUUCAGCGGGCUCCUAUGUGGCCCUCACAGUGUUGGGGCGACCUCCUGGGUUGCCCCAGAUCCCCCUGUCGGAGGGCGAGGCUAAGUUGGGGUUCCCGGGGGCCCAGACAAGGUCAUCCUCUGUCACCUCUCCAAACUCCCCUGGACAGCCAACGGGGGAGCGCCCAUACAGCCCCCAUGACCGCAUCACCUCUCCUCUACUGAGAUGGGUAUGACCGCCUCCUCUCGCCUCUUACCAUCUUCUGAGCUGCAUUCCUCCUUUGUGCUCCAUCUUCUCCAUGUCAUCCCUUUUUGCCUGUCUGUCUUCAGUGUUUGUUUACAUUGUUAACGUUUGGCUGUUCAUUCAAACUCUGUCCUCCAUUGCUUCUUCACUUAAUUUCUUCUACUGUGUGUUUGGUUCCAUGUCCUGAAAAAGCCCUGUGUGUCUCCUUCCCAUUGUACAGGAAGAGAACAACAGCGUACACAACCAAAAGGUGGACAUCCUGCAGAAGAUGUUGUCCAAGGAGCAACACGAUUUGCAGGUUAGCGUUCUAUCUGGUGCAAGAGAAACUGUCUCUGCUAGUAUUUGGACAUAUGCAAAAUUCUGGGCCCGUAUUAAUGAAGCGUCUCAGAGUACGAGUGCUGAUUUUAGUUUAGCCUUUUAGAUCAUAAUGAAUAAGAAUUCAUGGAGACCUGAUCCUAGAUCAGCACUCCUACUCGAGAUGGUUUAUAAAUAUGGGUCCUAGUCUAUGAAGUGUUUUUCAGAGACUGCUCACUCUGGACAUAUGAGGUCAAAUACUGAGCGACUGUCAAGAAAAGCAAUGUUUUGUCGUUGGAUGAGGUGACAUUUUUAAGCAUGGGAAGUCAUGGUCUUUGUCCUAGAAUUGUAUUCUAAUAGGUUUUGAGACGUUCAAAACAACACUGGAGUGUGUGGCUUGUGUUGAUAAGAACAUGGCUUUUCCUGUGGUUUUGGACUAGAACAGUCACACUAGCAGGCAGCCACUCAGAGCAAACCAGUCAACCCCACCACCUCCCCUCCAAUAAUUAUCUCUAUUGCUUCACAGAGACACGUUACCCACUCCACUAAGCACACUACACUGCACUGCUGCUGCUACGUGUGUAAACACGACAGGGCCAGCAUAGUAUAGCCUCAGCAAGUGUGUUGAGAAGGAAAAAAACGUUUGAAAAGAAGUGCAAGUCUAUACCGCUCAAAGUCAAAAAUACUUUUAUGGACUUGGCUAUUUUGGAUUCCAAUGACUGUCUGACUGAGUGUCUCUGCUGCCCUCCCUCCCUCUCUCUCUCUCUCUCUCACAACAGGCAAUGAAGGAGGAGUACAGCAGGAAUCCAACGCCCAAACUACUGAAGGACAUCCAGGAAGCCAAGAAGCACAUUCCACAGCUGCAGGGGCAGCUGAGUAAGGCCACUGGGGGAGCACAGGUAACUCGCUUCACCCCCCUCCCUGAAUAAAAAAAAUCAUACUGUAUCUUAAGUUUUAAUAUUGUAUAUUAGUGUGAGAAUCUGUGGUUUUCUGUGAGCGCCAUGAUCAGGCCGAUGAGUUUUCCCUGACUAUGUAACCUUACCAGGAAAAACUCUGUGCCUGAGUUUUAGCCUGGCCCUAAGCCAUGAUAUUUAUUUCACCAAGGUAGCUGGUCUGUGCAUGUUCUGCUCAAUUUCUGUAGACUGUGUGUGUUGAAACCAUGACAAUAUAGAUGUAUGCUCAAUGCUUACAGUCAGACAAAAUACUUGUUGGUUUUCUCUUUAGAUUAUGGGGAAUAGUUAUAUUUUCUGCGUGUGACUUACUGUGAUUUCAUUCUAAGGAUGCCAUGCAAUUGGGCGACGGAGAUGACGGUAGCAUGGUGGACAUGGACCACACACCUUCCUCCAGGGGGGACAGUAGCAACGACCUCUCGUGGAGCAGCAGUACCAUGUCCCCUGUAAGUGUUACUUUCAACUUCUGCUGGUGUGUGUGGGCAUAGCUGUGGAGUGAAUGCAUUAGUAGGGACAGUCAAUUUGUCAACUGUGAACUUAAUCUCACGGGGGAGUCUCGCACCUAGCAGACAGUACACCACAACCACAACCCAAACCCGCAACCCACUUCUGUGUCCCAAACCUGGGUUCUGUUCAACAGGACAUGCAGCCGAAAACUAAAAUUAGUGUUUGUUAUUGGACAGGUCCAGGUGGUAAUUCCUCCCUGUUUCAGUCCAGUUUCUUCCAUUUGGUGCCUAAUGAACACGGCCCAGGUCUAGCUAGAGGAAUGUUUGAUAGCUUACCCAAUGUUCUCCAUUUGCAGGAUCUCCGCGGUUUUGCACCUGCCUCCCCGGAGAGCCUGUACCAAAGAGACUUGUUGUCCUACCACAGCCCAAAGAGCACGCCCCAAGACCGCUUCAACUCUUGCCACUCCCCCGACCCAGAAGACACUCCAGACCUGGUGAGACCGAGACCUGGCUCAUAUUCAUUAGGGCAUGCAACUGAAAACAUUUCAAAACGUUUUGCAACGUAAAACCAAAAUGAGCAUUUCUUAUUGGACAAGUCCAGGUAGUCCCUCCCUGUUUCAGUCAAUUUUCUUCCAUUUGGUGUCUAAUGAACAUGACCCAUGCCCUGCAGAUGUGGAGCCACCUUCAUUAAACACCCCUUUUAUGGUAGAUGAGGUUGUUAGCUACUCAGUGAAAGGAGCAGUCAACGCUCAAUGAGUGAGAGAUCUAAGUGCUGUGUUCCUCCUCUUUCCCCCACUCCUCCAGGACUCCCUGUCCCCCUCCACUGUUAGCAGCCCCUUCUCACGCUUCGUCUCCCAGAUCAUCGGAGCUGAGGACGACUACUUUGACUCUGAUCAGGAACAGGUAGGCCCUAAAUACAUCAAAAAUAAGGGAAAACUGUGCAUUUUGGAAGAUUGAAGGCCCAGAUUAUGGCCUAUUGAUCCAAACGUUUGGUUUUUAACAUUCUUUACAAACACUGAGGAGCAUGCCAGGGUGCUGGAGUUUUUUUGUCAAAUUUUUUCUCCCCCUAAAAGGGUGACAGACUGACAAGCCUCACUGAGAGGAUUUUCUAACAAGGUCAAGCUAGCUCGUAACACACACACACUCUGACACACACACACACACACACACACACUCUGACACACACACUGUGUUUAUCUCAGGUCAAUGGCCAGUGCAGCUGUUUCCAGAGCAUGGAGCUGCUCAAGUCCAGACCUGCCCACCUGGCAGCAUUCCUGCAUCAUGUCGUCUCACAGUUUGACCCUGCACCGCUGGUAAGAGUCCCUACACGCACACACACACUCACCCUCACCUGACCAUGUUUGUGUUGUGACCAGUUACAGACAAUAGAAGUACAGGAAUGUCAGUUUAGUGCUGACACAAAGACAUGAUGGUGUACAAUGUGUUUGUGUCAACUCACAUUGAUCAUGUGAAAUGUUUCUCUUCAGCUCUGCUACCUCUACGCUGACCUGUGCAAGCAGACCAACUCCAAAGAAACCAGACGGGUGUUCAUGGACUUCCACAACUUCUUCAUCGACCGGGGAGCUGUGAGUAGAGUUAAACUAGCCUACAUCUGGGCCCGGAUUCGCCAAGAGUCUCAGAGUAGGAAUGCUGAUCUAAGAUCAUGUACCCCCUGUCCAUACAGUGGGGGGAAAAAAGUAUUUAGUCAGCCACCAAUUGUGCAAGUUCUCCCACUUAAAAAGAUGAGAGAGGCCUGUAAUUUUCAUCAUAGGUACACGUCAACUAUGACAGACAAAAUGAGAAAGAAAAUUUUUUCCCCAGGUAAUCACAUUGUAGGAUUUUUAAUGAAUGUAUUUGCAAAUUAUGGUGGAAAAUAAGUAUUUGGUCAAUAACAAAAGUUUCUCAAUACCUUGUUAUGUACCCUUUGUUGGCAAUGACACAGGUCAAACGUUUUCUGUAAUCUUCACAUGGUUUUCACACACUGUUGCUGGUAUUUUGGCCCAUUCCUCCAUGCAGAUCUCCUCUAGAGCAGUGAUGUUUUGGGGCUGUCGCUGGGCAACACGGACUUUCAACUCCCUCCAAAGAUUUUCUAUGGGUUUGAGAUCUGGAGACUGGCUAGGCCACUCCAGGACCUUGAAAUGCUUCUUACGAAGCCACUCCUUCGUUGCCCGGGCGGUGUGUUUGGGAUCAUUGUCAUGCUGAAAGACCCAGCCACGUUUCAUCUUCAAUGCCCUUGCUGAUGGAAGGAGGUUUUCACUCAAAAUCACGAUACAUGGCCCCAUUCAUUCUUUCCUUUACACGGAUCAGUCGUCCUGGUCCCUUUGCAGAAAAACAGCCCCAAAGCAUGAUGUUUCCACCCCCAUGCUUCACAGUAGGUAUGGUGUUCUUUGGAUGCAACUCAGCAUUCUUCGUCCUCCAAACACGACGAGUUGAGUUUUUACCAAAAAGUUCUAUUUUGGUUUCAUCUGACCAUAUGACAUUCUCCCAAUCCUCUUCUGGAUCAUCCAAAUGCACUCUAGCAAACUUCAGACGGGCCUGGACAUAAGCAGGGGGACACGUCUGGCACUGCAGGAUUUGAGUCCCUGGCGGCGUAGUGUGUUACUUUGGUCCCAGCUCUCUGCAGGUCAUUCACUAGGUCCCCCCGUGUGGUUCUGGGAUUUUUGUCAUGCAAUAAAAUGCAAAUUAAUUACUUAAAAAUCAUACAAUGUGAUUUUCUGGAUUUUUGUUUUAGAUUCUGUCUCUCACAGUUGAAGUGUACCUAUGAUAAAAAUUACAGACCUCUACAUGCUUUGUAAGUAGGAAAACCGGCAAAAUCGGCAUUGUAUCAAAUACUUGUUCUCCAGACAGUACAUCCCCUGACAGUGUUGAUAUGAAAUGCAACACUAGUGUUGCUAUACAGCGGUGUGUUUGUGUUAUUGGUUUAUUCUAUCAGGAGUCCCUUCUCUCUGCAGUAAUACAUUUCUCCUCAGCUGAAACUGUAAUUUCUCUGAUCCACUGUUCUGUUGACUCCCAAUACAAUAUAUCAUGCUGCCUAAGACCAACAAGACUACUUGAAGGACCCAGAGAUUUUCUUCUGUAGUUUGUUUUCACAUACACUACCGUUCAAUAGUUUGGGGUCACUUAGAAAUGUCCUUGUUUUUGAAAGAAAAGCGAUUUUUUUGUCCAUUAAAAUAACAUAAAAUUGAUCAGAAAUACAGUGUAAACAUUGUUAAUGUUGUAAAUGGCUAUUGUAGCUGGAAACGGCUGAUUUGUAAUGGAAUAUCUACAUAGGCGUACAGAGGCCCAUUAUCAGCAACCUUCAGUCCUGUGUUCCAAUGGCACAUUGUGUUUGCUAAUCCAAGUUUAUCAUUUUAAAAGGCUAAUUGAUCAUUAGAAGACUCUUUUGCAAUUAUGUUAGCACAGCUGAAAACUGUUGUGCUUACUAAAGAAGAAAUAAAACUGGCCUUCUUGAGACUAGUUUAGUAUCUGGAGCAUCAGCAAUUGUGGGUUCGAUUACAGGCUCAAAAUGGCCAGAAACAAAUAACUUUCUUCUGAAGCUCGUCAGUCUAUUCUUGUUCUGAGAAAUGAAGGCUAUUCCAUGCGAGAAAUUGCCAAGAAACUGAAGAUCUCGUACAACGCUGUGUACUACUCCCUUCACAGAACAGUGCAAACUGUCUCUAACCAGAAUAGAAAGAGGAGUGGGAGGCCCCGGUGCACAACUGAGCAAGAGGACAAAUACAUUAGAGUGUCUAGUUUGAGAAACAGACGCCUCACAGGUCCUCAACUGGCAGCUUCAUUAAAUAGUACCCGCAAAACACCAGUCUCAACGUCAACAGUGAAGAGGCGACUCCGGGAUGCUGACCUAGGCAGAGUUGCAAAGAAAAAGCCAUAUCUCAGACUGCCCAUCUUAAUAUUUUCUUUUUAUUGGCCAGUCUGAGAUAUGGCUUUUUCUUUGCAAGUCUGCCUAGAAGGUCAGCAUCCCGGAGUCGCCUCUUCACUGUUGACGUUGAGACUGGUGUUUUGCGGGUACUAUUAGCAAACACAACAUGCCAUUGGAACACAGGACUGAUGGUUGCUGAUAAUGGGCCUCUGUACGCCUAUGUAGAUAUUCCAUUAAAAAUCAGCCGUUUCCAGCUACGAUAGCCAUUUUCAACAUGAACAAUGUCUACACUGUAUUUCUGAUCAAUUUGAUGUUAUUUUAAAGGAGAAAAAUAUUGCUUUUCUUUCGAAAACAAGGACAUUUCUAAGUGACCCCAAACGUUUGAACGGUAGUGUACACUACUAACACAUACACGGCAUACAUUUAGGAAUUGUUCUGCACGUGCCAGGCGUUUUACUCUUUUUGUUAAAUGUCAAGUAUAUUUACUCUGGCGUUUCGGUUAGCCACAUAUAAACAAGUCUGUCUUUGUCAAUGCCCGUCUAAAUGUGUUUUAUUUUCAUACAGAAUUUAAAAGUAGUUGUUCCCGAGUCCAUCUCCUCUGACCUUGGUGAGUAUUUGUGGCUUUGCUUUCAUUUCCAUUAGUUUCUCUUGCUGACAAAUCAAUGCCAAUUCAUUUCUGGGUAUUUUGAGGAAUGACUGUUGUUAUCUGAUGGAAUGCCAAAUAUAGCCGACUCAAGUUUCCUUACUUCAACCGUGUACUAUCAGCAUUAUCACAAUGUGCCUCUAAGUGUGUGGUAGAUUGUUUAACCCAUCUUCCUAAUACUACUAUCCCACAUCAGGUGUUAAGAAAUCAAACAAAGUGAUUAUAUGACAAGUGCACAUUUGAAUUUUCACCUUGAUAAGCUGUAUUUGGUGCCAACCCACUACCUAACUGUGUUAAUGUGUUGUGUGGUGGCUGUGCAGACCGGCGGAGGACGGAGCUGAUCCCUGAGGAGCUGAACAGACAGUACGUCCAGAUGGUGCAGGACACCCUGCUCCCUGACAUCCAGCGGAACCUGGAGGACUUCAGGUCAGUCACCUUGCUCGCAUUCUUCCAAAAUGGCCGCCUUUCCCAUUGGUGCCUAUGUAUUGGUCAAAUGUAAAGAUAGAUGCAAGUGAGUCUUACUUGUAGAUAGUGUAGCUUUUUGUCUUUAUAAACACUCAUUGCUGGUCUUAUACGAUGCUGGGCUUAUAAGUUUACACUAUAAGUUGGCAUAAGCCUGCUGUAAGUUAUUAAAAUCAUGUUAUAAGUAUGCUAUAAGUUGAUGUAAGCAUGAUAGAAGUUAUAAGUAUGAUAGAAGUUAUUAUAAACGUACUAUAAGUGGGAUCUGACACUGUGGUUUGUGGGGUGUGCAGGCAGAAGCGCAGUAUGGGCCUAACCCUGGCAGAGGGGGAACUGGCCCGGCUGGACACGGAGCGCGUCAGAGACCGGGUAGCACUGGAGAGAGAACGCUCCUGUGCUGAAAACAUCAUCACCAAGAUAGAGGAUGUCCUGUUAGUAGCAACACUCACAGCUUUGUUUCUUGAUGUAGAUUCUUUAA